AGCACGUGGCUGUGACCUCUCUCCUGACUCACAAUUAAUGGUAAAACCUACAUGGAGAGGUAAGGAAAAAUCCCGCCCCACCAUCGGGAGGGGUGAGAGCGGGGACAGCUCGGAGCGGGAGCGGCAGAGAGCGGAGAGGACUGAAGAGGGAAAAGUCCAGUGGAUGUUUGAGGAAGAGACCUCAGUGAUAGGAAACUUUUUCAACGGGCGAGGACAAGAUAUGGACUUCUGACCACACGUCAAAUAUAUCCCAUUUUUGGCAACCACAUAUUUUGUGCCAGCACAUCUUUACGCAGGGGAGAGAGAGAGAGAGAGAGAGAGAGGGAGAGGGAGAGAGAGAAAAAAACUCGAAAAACUCCGCCACACCGCCAGGAUGUUUAGAUGAAGGCAAUAACUCCAAAAGGUCCCUGAAGAGGCUUAGAAUGACCGCCCUCACACUGCCGGGCUGAGCAGCCUGACCACACUCUGCUGUGUCCAGUGCUGUGGCUCCCUCUGCUGCGUGAUUGAGGAAGGCCAAGAAUGGCAGGCAGCAUGGGGAACAUGUUGGAGGAAGGGAUGAAUACUGUCAUCGUCAGCCACUACAACCACUCAGGGAAGUGGGAACGGCCUCGCAGCGGCGGGACCUGUAAGAUGGCUGUGCUGCUCUUCAUCUGUGUGCUGAUUGUCCUGGAGAACGUUACGGUCCUGCUCGCUCUCUGGAGGAACAAGCGCUUCCACAGCCGCAUGUAUUUCCUCAUUGGAAACCUGGCGCUGUCAGACCUGCUGGCUGGCGUGGCCUAUGUUGUUAACAUCUUUACCUCAGGACGGAAUACCUUCUUCCUGACACCGGUGCAGUGGCUGGCCAGAGAAGGGAGCAUGUUCGUGGCUCUCAGCGCCUCCACGUUCAGCCUUCUGGCCAUUGGGAUUGAGAGGCACAUGACUAUGGUGCGUCUGCGUCCAUGUGAGACAGCGGGUCGAGGGAGACUCCUAGGACUGCUGGCAGCCUGCUGGGUUGUGUCAGUGCUGCUCAGCGCCCUGCCCAGCCUGGGGUGGAACUGCCUGAACAAUCUGGCCUCCUGCUCCACGGUGCUGCCGCUCUAUGCUAAGAGUUACGUGGCCUUCUGCAUCAGUGUCUUCAGUGCCCUGUUGGUGGCCAUCAUCAUCCUCUACAUCAGGAUCUACCGCCUGGUGACCUCUAGCGGCCGCAGGGUGAGCAGCCGGCCCUCAGAGCGCUCACUGGCCCUGCUGCGGACAGUGGUUAUUGUUCUUGGAGUGUUUGUCAUGUGCUGGGCCCCCCUCUUCCUCCUGCUGCUGCUGGAUGUGGGUUGUAGCCCAGAUAAGUGCCCUGUGCUCUACCAGGUGGACUGGUUCAUCGCCCUGGCUGUGCUCAACUCUGCCCUCAAUCCUCUGAUAUACACUCUGUCCAGCAGGGAGAUGAGGGCCGCCUUCUUCCGACUACUGUGCUGCUGUCAGACCAGCAUGGAGUCAACUGGGACUCCUGUGGUGGGCAACCCCCACCUGGGCACGGUCAUCCCCACUGCGGAGAACAGCAAGACCAGUUUGGGUGGAGGAGGGGGCAGUGCGGCUUUCAAGUCCACACUGAACAGAGGGAAGGUUCCCACACCCAUGAACUCUGAAAACAAGCACGGAGAUCCCUCUGCCACUGCUAUGCCCCACCCCUCUGGGCCUGCAGACCUGCUCUCAGCUGUGCUAGUGAAGGCAGGGGCGCUGCCGCCCCUCAGCAAGUUCUGAGUGGAAGCACCUUUAUGAGGCCUUACAGUCACAUAGACAUGGACAUAGAACUGACAUAGUCCUGCUAUCAGCCACUUUUUGUUUAUGCACUAUGGCCAGUGUAGCAUUGAUAUGAAUAGCAAAGAUAUUCAGUUUGAAGCAAAUAAAUCCAGACUGUAGAUUAGAGAACAAUCAAAAUCACUUAAAGCCACUAUUUACAACACUUCAACAAUAUUACUCACAACACCAGAGAGACUGAAACAUUGGAUUUGUUUUUACACAAUGAUUAGAUUUAACAUUUUAAAACUAUGAAAAAUAACAGGACAGUUUCUUGGACAUGGACUAAACCAAGCCCCAAAUUAAAUGUCUUGGCUUAAUCUGUCUGUGAAAUUAGUCUUGGUAAUAUUUCUGACAAAAACAGAGUAUAAUUAACUUUAUUAGUGUUGUGUCUGUCAAUGUUUUUAUUUCAUUUUGUCAUUAUGUACAGAAAAGAUCAAAUUGGGGCACUUUUUUUCAUGUGCAUAUGCAAGUACACCAGCAUUUUCCAUCACAGUUUGACUUGGUAAACUAUUUAUUUUCCUAUGAAAACAUUUGGCAUAAUAAUACUAUAAAACUAUUUGGUAUAUUUUUUGCUUUGUGUUUAUAAAACCCAUCAUGGUACAAUGACUUUAUUAUUAAUUUUGUUAUGAUUUGAGAUGCACUACAAGAGAAAAAGACUAAAAAAAAAGACUAAAAGUCAGACUAGCGGCCUCAUGAGGCUGUGAUGCUCAUUACACACCAGAAAACAAAACUGUUGGAUGGACAGAUAACAUUGCUACUAUUGGAUUCUUGCCACUAGUGGGCAAGAACAUCAAGUUUGUCCUGAUGGGGAUGCUACAGGAAGAACAAUCUUUUUACAUAAAUCAGUAGGGUUCAAGUUUUAUUACAAUGGGCAUUUUUUCGUCAUUUCAGGCUCAUCUCUACACAACACUUGGUUUAUCUUUCAUCAGGUUAAGAUCUACUGUGUCAGCAUCAGCUACACUGUUGGCUGAAUUAGCGUGGCUAAUAACUACACUCAUGGACAUUUUUGCUUCUCAUCAGCACAUCUAGAAACCACUCACAUGUCAACUAACCACUAGUGAAUAGGAGUCUUGGAUGUGAAUAAUUUAAUGGUGGUAGACUGUUAAUGGCAAUUCUGCCUGGGGUGAUGUAGUGCCUGAUAUUAUAUAGCAAAUAAAGUCCUAUUCCCUUUUAUGAGAUUUUCGCGUGUCAUGAUGUUAUAUUAAAUGCCUCCUGUCAGCACCCUUCCUCUCAUCCAAAUUCAGUCGCUGUGUUGAUCCUUUUUAAAAAUUGUCAAGGAACAUACAAGAAACCCAGUGACAGGGAUUUUGUCCGUUCCUUUUGUACCAUGCUACUGGGAGAUUUUUGCUCAUAUCAACAUGUUGUAGUCAAGGUUCACGUGAAAGCUUAAGCCAUACAUAUAUUAAUGUAGAAAUGCUGUGAUUUGUCAGUUUAUCGUUUGCUAUUCAGAUCGGAGAAGAGAAGUGUCCUCUGACUUAACCUGCUGCUCUCACUUAAUAUCCUAAUGGGAAGCUGAUUGAUGCUCUCUUAUUCCCAUUCAUAGACAGACCUCAGUCAGGCAGGGAUGAAUAAUGCAGAGAAAUUCUUUAUGCUUAUUUUAACUAGGGGUUUUCACUUGGGUGAGGUCAGGCAGGUAUUAGUCACGAAUCUCACUUUGAAGUGCUUCCUCUUACUGUGAAGUAUGUCCCACCAUUGUUUAUAUUCUCUGGAGCUUCCUGGUUAGCUGGUAUCUUAAAUUAAUCAGAUAACCUAACAGUUUGGCUGAGGUUUGGUUACAUUUAUUCCAUGAGACAUUCAGUAUAAUUCAUCUUUGAUUUAAACAGUACAUGUAUAAGGAUUAUCAUAUCACACACAUUUACAGGAUGUGUUUAAACAAAGAGUUAUUGAUGUAACAUCGUGAAAAGGGUUUAGUUGUCACAGUUCUAUGAACUCUGAGAACUGAUCAAACACUUUUAGUUUGUUUUCUUGAUGCUGAUGAGUGGCGACAUUUAAUUCGGGUGUUUGUUUUCGUACCAAAAACCUGCCGCAGUGAAGGUUACUUUAAGCUGAAGCAACUGAUUGGGCUGAUAGCAACAGAGUUUGCUGUUCAUACCACAGUGCACAGCAAAGACCAGACAGGAGCUGACAGACUGGCAUUUCAUACUCACCUCAGCUUAAAGGAUGUGUCUCUGGUCCACACCUCCAUUUUUUGAUGAAAAAAAGACAGCAAGGACAUAAUACCAGCCCAGCAUUUCCAGCUUAAAGGUCACUGACUGCUUCCUGUCAGAAAUGUUUGAACACUCUUUCUGGGAAUAAUCGUGACCUUAUGCCACGAGGAACAUUAGAAAAUGCCAAAACGUUGAGCUGUGCAGAGUUAUUUGCAGUCAGUGAAUCCUCUGCUUCCUGCUCGCUUAUCCUCUCCCUCUUUACCACUAUCAUCAUCCUGAUUCAAAUCCUAAAUAGAUGUAGUUUGACUAAAAGUUUCUUGUUGCCUUUUUUAUUGAGGAAUUGUUGCAGUUUCAAGCUACCAUUUUGAGAAAUAAGACGUGUCAGGAACUGCUAAUAAAUAGCAGGUGUGCCAGCUGAUUGCUACGUUGCAUCAAUGAGACGAUAGGGGUUUAUACCUUGGAAAUACAAAUUCUCCUGGAUCUCCUGUAAAGGAUCCUGGCAGAACUGCAUUUGGAAAAACCUUCCAGUAACAACAAGACGGAAAAUAUGGAUCAAUCUACUAUUUACUGGAAACAUUAUCCCAAAAAUGAGGAAGAAUCUAACCAAAUAGCUGAAGACUUGACACAUGAAACAGCUAAUGAAAAAGAUAGCAAUCUGUGGACAAUAUUUAAAAAAAAAAUAAAGACAAAUAAUUGAUCAAAGUACAUUUUGGGACAUCUUACUUCUCAAAGAAGAAUUUGCCAGUAGCAGAUAUGAACCUUCUUUGUUUACAUGAUGUUUGGAGCUCUGGGUGAUGGAUAUGUAUUGAUGUUCUUACAAUCUUACAAUCAGUAAUCAGUAUUUAUUAGUUAUUGUUUCCUCACACCACUUACUGUAACUGAUGAUGGUUUAAAGUAAAACCCGAAGCAUGAAACUGCAACAAGGUCUGACUCUUGUCUAAAUUCAGCUAAACAGCAAAAAACAAACAAUUUAUUGGUUGUUAUUGAGAAGGAAAAAUCAUAAAUUAGUCACACAAUGAAGAUAAGGCUGAGAGACUCACUCCUUCAUUUCACCAUCUCUGCCUUCCAACUUUCUAGAUUAAGGAGGAAAAUUAAUAAAUUAAUUUUCAAUCAAAUCUUCUUCUUUGUGUCCUCAAAUUCCAGCUAUCACAGAUUCCAUUUCUUCAAACAAGUGAAACAAACCCCAUUUAAUGGCUGCAUGUGCUAACUGGGUCAAACACCUUAAUAAAUCAUGUUAACUAAAGAGCCGUCACCGGUCUUCUUUGAGGAUUUAGACAUGGUGGAUUUGUGUCAUUCUCUGUGCACAAUGCCUAUUUGCAUAUGACUAAUGUGAACACGACAGAGGACAAGAGAAUCACACAACCCCGUCAUCAUGAGCCUGGCUUUAUACUGCUGUGUGGUGAGGAAAUGUGCAUGCAUGUAUGUAUGUGUGCGUGCAUUUGCGCGUGUCACAGUUUUUGUGCAGUACAGACGUGUGCUGUGUGUGUGUGUGUGUUUGAGAG